AUGAAAAUAGGCAUAAUAGUUCUUUUUCCACUAGUGCUGUGCGACGUAGCCCAGAAUGUCAUUGACGCCAUACAAGAAAGCAGAAAGAAAUACAACUUGCGAGAGCUGAAAGUAAUAGACCCCCUGAUUGAAAUAGCCAGAGACAGAACAGAGUUCCUUGCUGGGUCAAAAGAGCUAAUAAAUAAAACAGAGGUGCUGUGGGAUCUGGCUGAGAAGCAUGGAUACAAGCCUAUAGCAAUGGGAGAAAACAUAGGAAAGAGCAUAAGCAAAGAAAAAGAGGGCAUGGACAUAUUUGAGGAGUGGAUUAAGUCUGAAACACACAGAGAGAACAUUAUUAAUGCACCAGAGUACACCCACCUUGGCGUGUACAAGCUGAAAACAGAGACAACCAUAUAUCUGUCUGCAAUAUUUGGGCAGCUGAAGAUACUAGACAAAGAGGAAACAGCGCAGCCCAAAAAUAGUGUUCUACCUGCAGAAGGUAACAGCAACAAUGGCCCAAUAGUUACAAGCACCAGGACCACAGCUGCGCCAAGCCAGCCGCCCCUUAUAGAAAAGCAGCCAGCAGACGCACAGAUGGGUCCUGCUGCUGCAGCACCAGCCCCUAGCCCUAUAGAAAGUAAGAAUGCAACGACUGCAGGCGCGCAGCAAAGCGAGAUGUAUAAUACAAUUGAGCUAGUGUAUCCUGGAAUAGCUGGACUCGAUGGCAAACCAACUCCAAAGAUACCGAUUCAGUUUGUUCUUGUGGGAAGGGAUGGAAAGGAGAUUCAACAAGUGCCCAAGUUGAGAAAAGAAACAGAGCAGGAGCUAAUUCAGAAAAGUACACUAACCCCGCGAGCUGGAAAUUUCUUGCCACAGCUACUCUCUGCUUCAUCUGCUGCCAUAGAGCCCAUAAAGCCAGGCGCUUCCAAUGAGCAGAUGCAUAACAUGCCACUCAGCUUGCCAAAUGCCAACCCACAGCAUAAAACAGUUAUAAAGCUAAUAAUGGUACAGCCAUCACCAAACACACAGCCAAGCAUAAGAGCAGAGCCUGCGGUAGUGCCUAUUUAG